AGGCUUUUAGCGGUUCAUCCCGGCGCCGCAAAAAAGUUUUGGUGUCAUGACUGCGGAGAUCCCUUUUUCCCCCAUCCACAUUCCAUACCGCCCAUUAUUGUACAUUAAUGCGCCUUUCUUGUAUAUUAUCUUCCUCCGCUACACCCGUUCCUUCCUUGUGCACCUGUUCUUUGCUGGAGUUGUAGGGUUUUCCCCUCAAAUCGAAUCAUGGCCGCUAGCAAUGACGCUUCCAAGUCUGAUGUGGCACAGGCGCCCAGCAAAGAGCAGAAUGCAGACGGGCAGGUCGAGGCCGUCGACGAGGAUGGUGCCAAUGGCCCGCAGCCAGCCAGCAUCUUCCAGGUCACCAUAAAGCUUCCUCAUGAGCCCUUCGAGAUGCAGAUGACGAUCUCGACGGCCGAGCAGGUGCAGGAUCUCCGCCAGUCCAUCAUCGAGAUGCCCCACACCUUCCAGUACUCCUGCUUCCAUCUCGAGCACGAGGGCGAGCGCAUCAACGAUUACGUCGAGCUGUCCGAGGUGUCGGGCUUGAAGGCCGACUCGAUCUUGACCGUGGUCGAGGACCCCUACACGGAGAAGGAGGCCAGGUUACAUGUUAUCCGCGUACGAGAGCUCAUUGGCGCCGCUGGCGACCGCACGGAUGCGCUGCAUGGCAUCAUGGCGGGUUUGUCGCUGCACGACACGGUCGGACUGGAUCAGGCAGGGAAGCCCAAGGAGGACGGCCCCGAGCAAUCCCCACUGGCAGACUAUGACUUCAAAUCCACAGGAGCUGUCAAGGACCUGCUGCCCCCGCCGCAGGACCCCGCACCCAAGACGAUCAAGUCUAUCGCCGUCUCACCCUGGAAUCCCCCGCCAUACCAUCUGCGCUCCAAGGGCCACCUUCUGUACCUGGUCGUCACGACCAACGAGAACGAGCAGCAUCACAUCACAGCUCACGUUUCCGGCUUCUACGUCAACAAGUCCUCCAAUGCCAGCUUUGACCCGCUGCCCCGACAGGCACCCAAGGCGAAACAGGCGCAUUCAUUGCUUACUCUUCUCGAAGAGCUGUCGCCUUCCUUCAGCUCGUCGUUCCAGCAGCUGCUCGAGCACAACGCGAAGAAGGAGCUUCUCACCAUUUUCCAGCUCUCGAAUGCCAUUCCAGCGAACCCUUGGUUGGUACCUGCACCGACUUCCUCGCUCACCCCACAUCAGCCAGAUCUUGCGCGGACACAGGAGAGCUACCUGAUCUCGGGUGUUGAGAACACCGAGACUCUCCGCGAUUGGAACGAAGAAUUUCAGUCGACUCGGGAGAUGCCAAAGGAGGCUGUCCAUGACCGCGUGUUCCGUGAGCGCCUGACUUCGAAGCUGUUUGCAGAUUACAACGAUGCGGCGACCCGCGGUGCCAUGUUGGUAGCACGAGGAGAGAUCGCCCCCUUGAACCCAACAGAGGCGAAAGACGCCCAGAUUUUCGUCUACAACAACAUCUUCUACUCCUUCGGCGCCGACGGGGUUGGCACUUUUGGUACAGAGGGUGGUGAUGAGGCGGCUCGCGUAGCUGUGGGCAAGGAUGUCUUCGGAGUUCGCGCCGUGAACAACCUGGACAUCCAAAACCUCUUCACUUCGGGAACUGUCGUUGUAGAUUACCUUGGAAAGCGCAUUGUUGGCCAGAGCAUAGUUCCCGGUAUCUUCAAACAGCGCGACCCCGGAGAGCACCAGAUCGACUAUGGUGCGGUAGAGGGCAAGGAAAUUGUUGCAGACGACAAGUCUUUCAUUCCCCUGUUUGAGCAGCUUUCAAAGGCACUACGCGUCAAGAAGCACCCUGUAUGGGAUAAGGACAAUGUUCGACACGAACUGGAGGGCAGCGUCGAAACCAAGGGUCUCAUUGGUACAGACGGCAGGCGAUACGCUCUCGAUCUCUACCGCCUAACGCCACUGGACGUUUCAUGGAUAGAGGCGUACUGGAGUGAGCCUAGCAAGGAGGGUGAGUCGAAGCCAAAGGACAAGGACUACCCGCAUCGAAUGGCAACUCUUCGCCCAGAGCUCGUGGAGUCGUAUGGCAGGCUGCAGUUGCGCGAAUACGUCAAGAACGAGUUGGCGAAGAAGACAAAGAAAGCUGAAAGCCCCGUGAAGAAGGAGGCCAAGGAUGAGGAGAGCUCGUCAGAGGAAGAGGACUCGGACGAGUCGGAGUCGGAUUCAGAUGAUUCAGAGGAAGAUUCGGAUGCGGAAAAGAAGCCCAAAUCAAAGAAGGUCGCCAAGUCGGAAAAGAAGGGCGAUGUCGAGAAGACUGAUGACGUCGAGAAGAAGGACGAUGCCGAUGCCACUGAGCAGGACCGUGUUGAUAUUUCAGGCUUCUCCUUCGCACUCAACCCCGAUGUUUUCUCCGGUCAGAACCCGCAAUCAGACGAAGACAAGAAGGAAUGGGCCCAGGACGAGGCUGAAGUCCGCGCUGCCUGCGACCACCUUCUGUCGGAAGUUAUCCCACGGAUGAUCCAGGAACUCAAGGACGGCGAAGUCGGCUUCCCAAUGGAUGGCCAGUCUCUGAGCACCCUCCUGCACAAGCGUGGUGUCAAUAUCCGAUAUCUUGGCAAGAUCGCCGAGCUUGCCGACAAGCCCGAUCCGCGUCUGCAGGCUCUGAAGCGCCUAGUCAUCCAGGAGAUGAUCGCACGUGGUUUCAAGCACUUUGCCAACUCUAAGCUGCGCAACGUCGCAGCUCCAUUCGCUGCCCCUUGUGUUGCGCACCUUCUCAACUGUCUGUUGGGCGCCGAGGUGAGCACCAAGCCUGUAGCAGAAUGUGACAGCAGUUUGAAGGCCAUGUAUCCGGAAACCGACUUCAGCUUCGAAAAGCUCACGCCUGAGUCUUUGAAGAAGGAGAUCUUAGCCCAGAUUGCUCUUCGCUACCGUUAUGACCUAGGCGAGUCAUGGUUCGAGUCUGGCAAGCAGUUGCAGCUGCUGCGAGAGGUUUCCCUGAAGCUAGGUCUGCAGCUGGUGAGCAAGCAGUAUGCCUUUACCAAGGAUAGUCUUACCAACGGUGCCGUUGCGGAGACGCCUGCUGCACCGCAGACGAACGGCCAUUCUACGUCGAACAGGAAGAAGAAGAACAAGAUCCCUUCCCCGGCACGUGCCGCUAGUCCAGCUGUUAACCUUCCUCUGCAAACUUUCCACGCAGAUGAUGUGCUAAACGUUGUCCCUGUUAUCAAGGAGGCUUCACCUAAGAGCUCAUUGGCCGAAGAGGCGCUUGAGGCUGGUCGUAUGUCCGUUGCUCAAGACCAGAAGGAGCUGGGCCAGGACUUGCUCCUUGAGUCCCUCCAGCUGCAUGAGCAAAUCUAUGGUGUCCUGCAUCAUGAAGUCGCUCGGGCUUACCACACCCUGUCUAACCUGCUCUUCAACUUGGAGGAUAAGGCUUCGGCCCUUGAGCUUGCACACAAGGCUGUCAUUGUCUCGGAGCGCACCCUUGGCGUCGACCACGCCGACACUGUACUGGCGUACCUGAAUCUGGCUCUGUUCGAGCACGCUUCGGGUAACACUAAAGGUGCUCUUGUGUACGUGCGGCACGCACUUGAACUGUGGAAGAUCAUCUAUGGCGCUGAUCACCCCGACUCAAUCACCACUUUGAACAAUGCUGCGGUCAUGCUUCAGGCCGUGAAGCAGUACCACGAGUCGCGCAUUUGGUUCGAGGCAUCUCUUGCAAUCUGCGAAGAAGUGUCUGGCAAGACCUCGAUCAACACGGCUACCCUACUCUUCCAGACCGCCCAGGCUCUAGCCCUCGACAAGGACAUGCGCGGUGCCGUCAACCGUAUGCGCGAAUCCUAUAACAUCUUCAAGGAUGUUCUUGGUGCAGAGGAUCGUAAUACCAAGGAGGCUGAGAGCUGGCUCGAACAGCUCACACAGAGCGCCGUCUCUCAGGCUAAACAGCUCAAUGACCUUGCCAAGGGCCGCAUUCGCCGCAUCCAACUGACUGGUAGGAACCCGCUGCGUCCGGCUGCUGCCACUCCUUCGGUCAGCGAGGCGGCUGCGGCUGCUGGUCAGCAGCGAAGUGGCAUGGACCAGCGUAAAAUCGAGGACCUGCUCAAGUACAUCGAGGGCGACGCAUCCAAGACACCUAGCAAGAAGAGGACACAGGCAAACCCCAAGAAGAGGACUCAGAAUGCUUAGCUGACCUCACUUGGGCACCCACGCCUACACGGUUCUACGAAUUCCGCUUACAUUCUCUAAAAGUAUGACUUCCCGGAUCUUUGCCACGGCCGCUUGAUCAUCUGUACUAUACCGCCUGCGACUUUUUCACGAUUUCUUCAGCUUCUUGCGUAGCAUAUCUCAGUAUCACAUUGAUGUUUUGUGUUUGACAUGGACUCGGUUUUGGGCACUGCGUGCCACGGCGGAGUUUGGCUUGGUUCGCUGCAGUUGUUAUAGUCUUAACACCAGCAUCUUCCACUCGACCACAUAGACUAGGGACGAAGGUUGGUUAUGACGGUGGUCGGUGCACACAAAGCGGAUGAUG